UUGUGCAAACAGCGAUAAGUAAGCGCAGCAGAAACACACUGAGGAGGCUGAAAUUCCAUUAAUUGUCACAAUUAUUGAAUGUGGGGGAGGGCCAAAGGGCUGUGCGCUAUUACGUAGCGGCAUCUGGCUUCCUAUUUUCCAGCAUGUCUGAAAAUCCGUCUGGGGAGAAACAACAGACGAACGAAACCUUUUGUUUGCACCUGUCAUCUGUCAUCUCACCAGCACUUUGUCAAACCUACCUCCUUUCUCUAUUUCCACACGAACAAACUGCACUGUUCAUUCUUCCGAAUCGGCGGGGGCAAAGCGUGUUGCUAUGUCGUCUUCUACAAAUGAAAACCAAAACAAGGCCGGCUAUCAUCACAGAUGCUGGCUACGUUCCAAUGCACGCGAUCUCGGAGCCAUGGUCCGUUGACAAGGUUCUCGAAACACUGCAACCUUCGCCGCCGACGGCCCAUUCCGAAUCGCCGAUCCCCUUCUUCCACGUCCUCGAGAAGCUCAAGACGAACAAGCGUGAAGGUUGGCGGAGGUUCGGCAUCGAGAAAGGCGAGUCCGUUGCCGAUCACAUGUACCGCAUGUCACUCAUCACUUUGCUGUGCCCGCCGUCGCUCGCAUCUCGUGUCGAUUUGACAAAGUGCAUGAAGAUGUGCUUGGUCCACGACAUGGCUGAGUCGCUCGUGGGAGACAUCACGCCUGUAGAUGGCGUGUGCAAGCCCGAGAAGAGCCGCCGCGAGGCCGAGACUAUGGACUACAUCACCAAGAACCUGCUGGGCAAGGUAUAUGGUGGCUUUGCAGGCCAGGAAAUCCGGACAAUCUGGCAGGAAUAUGAGGACUCCAAGACUCUCGAGAGUCACUUCGUGCAUGACGUCGACAAGAUGGAGCUUCUAUGCCAGAUGGUCGAGUACGAGAAGAGAAUGAACCGAACCUUGGACUUGGGAGAGUUUGCUUACGUUUCAACCAAGAUGGUGCUACCGGAGACCCAACAAUGGGCACAGGACGUCCUCAAGGAGCGGGAGGCUUUCUGGGGCGCAGACGAUCAUGUCCAUGGAGAGCGCAAGGAGAACGGGGGCGUGACGAAUGAGAAGGUCGAGAUGCAAGAUGCUUAUUACUCUAAGGAUAAUUGAGCCGCAACGCCUGGGCCUUGGGUUGUUCGAUGCAAGAGAUGAACCGUUGGAAAGCGGUGGAGUUGCACAAGCGAUACAUAUGUUUUCUGCGGCUUUGGCGAAGUUGUAGGAAGACUAUGUG